GUACCAGGAGGUGGCACCAUAUACGCGUAAGCGGUUUAUAGAUGCAUUCACAUAAAUGCAACAAAUCACACGCUUGUAAUAUAUUUUUAGGCAUAUUUUUCUCUGUCGGUGUUCUGAACAGUUAAGAUAUGCAUAUAUAUUUCUGUGGCAGUAUUCGGGGAGGUAGACAGGAUGUGAUUAUUUAUCAAAGAAUUGUGCAGACAUUACAGAAAUAUGGAGAAGUUCUGACAGAGCACGUGAGUCACAGUGAUCUGUCAGAAAGAGGUGAGGAUGCUGUGCAGGACGGGGAUAAGUUUAUCCACGAUCGAGAUAUGGAAUGGCUUGUGAUGUCUGAUGUAAUAAUAGCUGAAGUGACACAGCCCUCUCUUGGAGUUGGGUAUGAACUGGGAAGCGCUCGCGGCAUGCGCAAGAAGAUCCUCUGUCUUUUCCAGCCCUCCUCUGGAAAAUCAUUGUCUGCCAUGGUCAGAGGGGCAGUUGAUGGGUCCCUGUUCCAGGUGCGAGACUACAAAGAGGAGGAGGUAGAGGGAAUCCUGGAAGAAUACUUCAAAGGACUCUCAAAAGACUGAGACAGUCGAACUGAAUAUCAAAGGUGCAUUCAAAUGUUCAGCAUUAGAUAUGUUUGCUGCCUUUGUUCUAUGACUUUCUCAAUGGACACAUUCAUACAAAAAUAGAUUACUUUACAUUAAAAAAAGAAAUAUUGGGUUUAAUGUGUUUUGAAUACAUUUUCUACAU